UUCAUUGUUGACUGCAUUCACAAAAUGCGACUGUUCGGACAGCUCGUCGUCGGUCCCGCUGGUGCCGGCAAGUCGUCGUACUGCGCUGAGAUUGUCCAGCAUUGCCAAACCAUUGGCCGCUCUGUCUUUGUCGUCAACCUCGAUCCAGCCGCAGAGCACUUUGACUAUCCGGUCGCACUUGACGUGCGAGACCUCAUCAACCUGACAGACGUCAUCGAGGGCGGCGCGUAUGGUCCGAACGGUGGUCUUGUCUUUUGCAUGGAAUACUUGUUGGAGAACAUUUCGUGGCUGCACGAUCAAAUCAGCAAUCAGUUUGUGGAAGAUGAUUACAUCCUGUUUGAUUGUCCUGGCCAAAUCGAGCUCUAUACCCACCUUAAUAUCAUGCGACGAAUCGUGGACGAAUUUCAGCAGAUGGACAUGCGAAUGUGCGGCGUGUACUUGCUGGACUCGCAGUUCAUCGAGGACAUGCCAAAGUUCUUUGCCGGUGUAUUGUCAGCCAUGUCCGUUAUGGUUCAGCUCGAAAUUCCGCAUGUCAACGUCCUCACCAAGGUCGACAAGCUUGGACGGGCGGCCAAAUCGGCCGAGUUUGAAAGGUUUCUUGAUUUCAACGCCAGCGAUUUGAUGGGAGAUACACGAACUUACAACCCCAAGCUGCAACACCUCAAUCGAGCUCUGGCAACUGUUAUCGACGAGCACAGUCUUGUGCAGUUCGUUCCGCUGAAUGUGCGGGAUAAAUCUUCAAUCGCGCGCGUCAUGUUUAUCAUUGACAAUUCCAUCCAAUACGGCGAGGAUUUGGAUAUCGACCCUCGCUUUGACAAGGAACAAGAGGAAACGGAUGGGCUCGCAUAGUUUUCUGCGCGUGACGGCAUUUCUUCGUUUUUGGUGUGUGUUUUGCAGUUUUGCUCCUUGCUGUUUUUCAACCUCAUGCUCAAGUCCCUGACACUUACUACUUUUAAUAUUAAAGAAUGAAACAAACACCACUAAAA